CCUGCGCAGAAGUGAGGCCUUGGCUUCUGACUGUGGAGGCUUGUCGGUGGGUCCGUGGGUGGCGGACGGUGUGCGGGAGGGCCCAAAAAAAUAAGAAAAGGAGGCAGAGGCAACGGCGCGCGAGCAGGCAAGCAACGGCCGCGAUUGAAGAGAAGGGAGAAAGAGAAGGAGUCUUUCCACGGCCGCCAUUUCUGACCACCCGGACCCAUGAUUCCUAUAUGCCCGGUAGUCUCCUUCACCUAUGUGCCCAGCCGGCUGGGGGAAGAUGCCAAAAUGGCCACCGGCAACUACUUCGGAUUCACCCACACCGGGGCUGCGGCCGCUCAGUAUAGCCAGCAGCCAGCUUCAGGUGUAGCUUACUCCCACCCAACUACAGUUGCCAGCUACACAGUCCAUCAGGCUCCUGUAGCUGCGCACACAGUUACGGCUGCCUAUGCCCCCGCAGCGGCAACAGUCGCAGUAGCCAGGCCUGCUCCAGUUGCUGUUGCAGCUGCUGCAACCGCUGCAGCAUAUGGAGGUUACCCCACGGCACAUACAGCAACAGACUAUGGGUACACACAGCGACAGCAAGAAGCUCCACCCCCACCCCCUCCGGUCACUACACAAAAUUAUCAAGACUCCUAUUCAUAUGUCAGAUCCACUGCCCCAGCUGUUGCUUAUGAUAGCAAGCAAUAUUAUCAACAGCCUACAGCAACCGCAGCUGCAGUGGCAGCAGCUGCUCAACCACAGCCUUCUGUAGCUGAAUCAUAUUAUCAGACAGCUCCAAAAGCUGGCUACAGCCAAGGAGCCACUCAGUAUACUCAAGCCCAGCAAACCCGACAGGUAACUGCCAUAAAACCAGCCACUCCGAGUCCAGCUACAACUACAUUUUCCAUAUAUCCUGUUUCUUCCACUGUGCAACCAGUUGCAGCUGCUGCUACUGUAGUUCCAUCUUAUACCCAAAGUGCUACAUAUAGUACAACAGCAGUGACUUAUUCUGGUACAUCUUACUCUGGCUAUGAGGCUGCAGUAUAUUCAGCUGCAUCAUCUUAUUACCAACAGCAGCAGCAGCAGCAACAGAAACAGGCAGCAGCAGCUGCUGCUGCUGCUGCCGCAACAGCCGCCUGGACAGGGACCACCUUCACAAAAAAGGCACCAUUCCAAAACAAACAGUUGAAACCUAAACAGCCUCCCAAACCACCCCAGAUCCACUACUGUGAUGUUUGUAAGAUCAGCUGUGCCGGACCACAGACUUACAAAGAACAUUUGGAGGGACAGAAGCAUAAAAAGAAAGAAGCGGCAUUGAAAGUAGCACAGAAUACCACCAGCAACAGUUCAUCCACCCGAGGAACUCAAAACCAGCUGCGCUGUGAACUCUGUGACGUUUCGUGUACUGGAGCCGAUGCCUACGCUGCUCAUAUUCGUGGAGCGAAGCAUCAAAAAGUGGUUAAGCUGCAUACAAAACUUGGCAAACCCAUUCCUUCAACUGAACCAAAUGUCGUCAGCCAGGCUGCAUCUGCCGCAACAGCUUCCAAACCAACGGCUGCCUCUUCAAAUAUUGCAGCUAGCAGCAACACUGUGAAUUCUUCUGUUUCAUCUUUGGCAGUGAAGAUUCUCACUCCCUCAGCUAAUGUACUGCUUAGUACAACAUCCAACAACAAAGCUACAGUAGUUCCAACUAACAUCGCUGUGAAGAAAAUUUCUACACCCAAAAUUAACUUUGUUGGUGGCAAUAAGCUGCAGACAACAGGAACUAAAGUGGAUGAAUUGAAAGCAGUAGAAAAUAUCAAGACCACUCCUAUUGCUGCAGUGCAAACACAGGAAGUUAAGCCAGAUUCCACCAAUGACCCAGUAACUCCUACAGCUCUUGCUGCUUUGCAAAGUGAUGUCCAGCCAGUGGGUCACGAUUAUGUUGAAGAGGUACGGAAUGAUGAGGGGAAAGUGAUUCGUUUCCAUUGUAAACUCUGUGAAUGCAGCUUCAAUGAUCCUAAUGCCAAGGAAAUGCAUCUCAAAGGAAGGCGGCAUCGAUUACAGUAUAAGAAAAAGGUAAACCCAGACUUGCAAGUAGAAGUGAAGCCUAGCAUCCGGGCAAGGAAAAUACAAGAAGAGAAGAUGAGAAAGCAAAUGCAGAAAGAAGAAUAUUGGAGAAGGCGCGAGGAAGAGGAACGAUGGAGAAUGGAAAUGAGACGUUAUGAGGAGGACAUGUACUGGAGGAGGAUGGAAGAGGAACAGCAUCAUUGGGAUGACCGCCGUCGAAUACCUGAAGGAGGAUAUCCCCAUGGACCUCCAGGCCCCCUUGGGCUUCUUGGUGUCAGACCAGGAAUGCCUCCGCAGCCACAGGGCCCAGCACCUCUGCGUCGACCAGAUUCAUCAGAUGACCGUUACGUAAUGACUAAACAUGCAGCUAUCUAUCCAACUGAAGAGGAAUUACAGGCAGUCCAAAAGAUAGUUUCUAUCACUGAGCGUGCACUGAAGCUUGUGUCUGAUAGUAUGACUGACAAUGAAAAAAACAAGAAGGAAGGAGAUGAUAAAAAAGAGGGCAAUAAAGACAGAGCUUUAAAAGGAGUGUUACGAGUUGGAGUGUUGGCUAAGGGAUUGCUUCUCCGAGGUGACCGAAAUGUCAACCUUGUCUUGCUAUGUGCUGAGAAGCCUACUAAGACGUUACUAAGUCGCAUUGCUGAAAGUCUUCCCAAGCAACUUUCUGUAAUAAGCCCUGAAAAAUAUGACAUAAAAUGUGCUAUACAAGAAGCAUCCAUCAUCUUGAAUUCAUGUGUGGAACCAAAAAUGCAAGUGACUAUCACGUUGACGUCACCAGUGAUUCGAGAAGAGAACAUGAGGGAUGGAGAUGUAACCUCGGGUAUGGUGAAAGACCCACCGGACGUCUUGGACAGGCAAAAAUGCCUUGACGCUCUGGCUGCUCUACGCCACGCUAAGUGGUUCCAGGCUAGAGCUAAUGGUCUGCAGUCCUGUGUCAUUAUCAUACGUAUUCUUCGUGAUCUCUGUCAGCGAGUUCCCACUUGGUCUGACUUUCCAAGCUGGGCAAUGGAAUUACUGGUAGAGAAGGCAAUUAGUAGUGCUACUGGACCACAAAGCCCAGGCGAUGCCUUAAGAAGAGUGUUUGAGUGUAUAUCUUCAGGAAUUAUCCUUAAAGGAGGUCCUGGACUUCUGGAUCCUUGUGAGAAAGAUCCUUUUGAUACACUUGCAUUAAUGACAGAUCAGCAACGAGAAGAUAUUACUUCAAGUGCACAGUUCGCUCUGAGACUUCUUGCAUUCCGUCAAAUACACAAAGUUCUAGGCAUGGAUCCUUUGCCCCAAAUGAACCAGCGUUUCAAUAUCCACAAUAAUCGUAAAAGGAGACGGGACAGUGAUGGAGUUGAUGGAUUUGAAGCAGAGGGGAAAAAAGACAAAAAGGACUAUGAUAACUUUUAAAAACAUGUGUGUAUAUGUAUCCAGUGAUAACAUAGAAAGGAGAUAAUGGAAUCUAUUUGUCAUAUUUCUUUUCGUAAGGUCUGUCUACAUGCAUCCCAAAACAUUAGAAAAAUUACUUUUGUGUGGCAGUGACACCAUUUUUAAAGGAUGUGCAGACUAAUUAUGGUGGAAAGAGUUCACAAAUGGAAACUGUUCUGAUUUUUUAGCCUGGCCCUCAUUGCUUAGAUUCUAACACAUAACUAUUGCUUUCUGUUUAUUUUUGUUAACUGGUACACUGUACUUAAAUUGUAUUGUAUUUAAUACAGAGUUAUGUGCUUCCGUUUGUGUAUUUUGCUAUUCAAUUUAGAAUAUUAGUUAUCUUUUUACACUAGCUGUAAGUUGCUUUGUAUUAGAAAUGGUAAUACAGUUCUUCUUGGCUUACUUUUUUUGUAGCAGAACACUUUUUUCUAAAGUGGAGCUGCAUAUUUCUCCUAAACGUGAAGCAUUAGCACAUUCUUAACCUGCUGUUUAAGUGCUAUCAGUUCAAUGUUACAGCCAAUUCCAUGGCAUUGUCUAUCUCUAGUGACAUAAUGGUGUAUUUAAGACAGAUUUGUGAUAUUCUAAUCAGGUUUGUUGUUGCGCAGUAUAAAUGCUUAAUGUGUAUACAGUAUGGACUUGCAGGAAUUUUAGCAAUUGCAUAAUUAAUCUAAAUUGCAUGACUUUGUUUUUAAUAGAAGGCCUUUUAAAAAAAUAUUGUUUUAGGUUUCAUACCUAGAUCUUUGAUUUUGACAUAGCAAGGCCAAGAAAUAACUUUCUGAAAUUUUGCUGAAGAUUUAAGCAAAAGGGCAUUUUCCCCAUUAAGUAGAGUUUGCUAAUUGUUUUCAGAGAGCUUUAUCAGUAUGAUAUUAAAACCAUUAGCUCAUAAUUAAUAGUUCACCAUAUCAGUGCCUGUGAGAUAGCUCCUUUCGCUGUUGCUGUAGCAAAUUAUUCAGUGAUGUUAAUUUAUCCCAAAAAUUUGAAGGUAGAUAACAGUGUUUCUAAUAAGUAGAAGACUGUAAAAGAAAAUCAGAAAAUUAUUUGUGGCCAAGAUUUACGCUUAUGUCGCCUUCAAACAACUAAAUAUUAUAAUAGUGGUGUAAUUCAGGUCUACAUCUGGCUGUCAAUCUAUGCUCUGAUACACAGGUGUGAUUUGUUACAGCACUAUAGGUGAAUAAAGACUAAAAUCUAUCAAACAA